CGGAAGGACUUCGUGUGAUGCUUAUUCUAGCUGGAUAACGAUGGCUUUCCCAGAGUUUACAGCGGGAUGCAUUAAGUGAUUAUAAUACUAAAUAAUUAAGCCAGGACAUCCACAGCGUCCCAUGAUGACGGCCUGCCUCGUUCCUCCCACCCCGUCGGCUCUUGCCUCAUUUCUCUCCUCGCUGCUUCCCCGUGACUUCGCUGUAGGUCCAUCGCGGCUCUGUGAGGGCAGGCUGGGUCUCUGGUGGGUCGGAGGCUCGCUGGAGGCCGGAGCCCUGCUGGGGAGGGGUGGGGAACCUGACUGGGCCUCCAAGUAUGACGCUGACCCGGUGAUUCACAGGCCAGGCGGUGAAUUCAUGACGCAGUACGAGCCCAAAACAGGUCAGACCAGCAGCUGGGAGGAAGAAAAGGCACUGAUGGGGGAAGUGGCAGAUCAAGAAACUUUCAUACAAAGAGCCGUCUGGAUCAACUUUGCCUGCCAGGCACGAAGCCGAGCCCAGCAGAAUGUGGCAGUGAAGUGUGUGUGUGCUGAGGUGUGCGUGGGCGAAUGUGCAGAUGUGUGCCUCAGUGUGUGUCGAGACAUCCAGCCGGGAACUGAGCUGCUGUUGUAUGAUGAGACUGUGGGGAAAAGUCAAACAACAGACAAACCACAAGCACAAGUUGACUCCGUUGAACACACAGAAGACAAAGUGGAGCAGACAAAAGGCCCAGAGACUGUGGUUACCGACAUGCCGAUCAUUCAAGAGGAGGAAGAGAGAGCAGAUAAGAAACAGAAGGAGAAUGAGGAGGAGGAGGAACAGCUUAGAAAUCCCAGCAAAGGCAUCAAAAGGAGUCACCCGACUGCACCCAGGAAGAAAAGGAGAGUCAAUGAAAGCCUGUCUGAAUCGAGUCCAGGUGGAGACAGACAUCAGGACAGCAGCACAGACAAUCCAACAGCUGACAAACACCCAGCAGAAAGCGUCCCGACUGCUUUGAACUCUGAAACCAGCCUCUCUGAACCUCCUCCUGUCCGCUGCAGCUCCCGUCUGGCUGCUAAACCACGACGGGUUCACUGCCUGACCAGCCGGAUGAAGAGACCUCCAUCCAGCCCUGAUUUACCCAAACAGACUGAAGGAGAAACCGGGAGCUCAACCGAAUCUGCCAGGGUUUCCACAAAGACACUAAACCCGGAUCCUGAGGUGAUCACAGCUCUGGGUUCUGCCAGAGCAGCGUCCAUGUGGCAUCCACAGGUCCGAGAGAGACGCUACAGAUGUUCCAGCUGUGGAAAGAAGUUCUACCAGAUCGGACACUUGAAAAAACACCAGUUCAGCCACUCGGACGAGAAACCCUUCCGCUGUCAGGAGUGUGGGAAAGGCUACACCUCGGCCGAAAGCUUCAGAGCCCAUCAGAUGAGUCACCGUGGAGAGCGUCCGUUCUCCUGCCCUCACUGUGAGAAGUCGUAUGGCCUGAAACGUGACCUGAAGGAGCACAUGGUCCUCCACACUGGGGAGAAACCCUUCACCUGUGAACACUGUGGGAAAGCCUUCGCUCGCCGCCCCUCCCUGCGCAUCCACCGCAUGCUUCACUGCAGCAGAAUGAUUUACACGCAGCCGCCAAAGGUGCAGUGCACAGUUUGCCCCAAGCUGCUGGCCAACUCCAGCUCUCUCAGGAACCACAUGAGGCUCCACACCGGGGAGAAACCUCACAUCUGUCAGCACUGUGGGAAGAGCUUCAGCCAGAAAGGGAACCUCGAGUGUCAUUUGAGAAUCCACAAUGGGGAGAAACCGUUUUCCUGCUCCGAGUGCGACCAGACGUUCUCUCAGAAACCAGAGCUCAGCCGUCACAUGUUCACCCACACCGGAGGAGGUUUCCUCUGUAGCUACUGUGGAAAAUCGCUGAGGGAUCCGCACAGCCUGAAGUCCCACGAGAGGCUGCACACUGGAGAAAGACCCCAUCGCUGCCCCAUUUGUGGGAAAGGCUACACAUUGGCCACCAAACUGAGGAGACACGUAAGGUCAUCCCACCUCAAAGAGAAACCAUACAGCUGCUACUGUGGAGCUUCUUACACUGUGAGACAAAGUCUGCUGAGACACCAAGCUCAGCAUAGGACAGAGGGAGAAACUCAAACUGAGAUGGAAGGAGGACAUAGAGACGAGAGCUCCAAUAAGGAGGUGGCACCAGAGUUUGGCUCCAGUCAUCCAAAACCGAUCAGAGGAAGACCCAAGAAGAACUCGCUUCCUCAAGAGGAAGUAGAGAAAGACAGAGGGGAAGUAAGGCGGAGACGAUGGCGAAGAAAAGUUGAGAAGUUUAAGACAGGUGAGACGUCAAGAGAUGGUGAUGUUUCAGGUAACGUCCAACAUGCCGUCGUAUACGUCCACACGGAUGACCUGUCCACGUCGAGCUCCGCCCCUCUGCUGCUCACCUCGGAGGCCUCACUGCCUGCAGGGUCGGGGCAGGAGCUAGUGGAGGUGGUGAUAUCGGAGUCUGCAGAGCAGUGCAUUGUGGUCCACGGAGAGCCGGCGGUGGGAGAACUGCUGAUCCUACAGGACGAAGGACUCUGCUCGGUGGCUCAGACAGUGGAGAUAAACACAGUGUAGCCUGAGAUCUGGAGGACGUUUUCCUGAUUAAUACAUCUCAGUUAACUUUGUAAUCAACAUUUUUUUAUUCCUCAUCUUCCUCACACAACCUCGUCUACAUUUUCUUCAGUUUCUUAUUAUUUACCAAAUUGCCUUUGAACAACCUCUACAGAACAGAUGGGAAGUCAUUAGGUAUGAUUAGCUGCUGGUUACACAUAAAGGCAUGGAGAGAAAUACCAAUAACAGCUGCGAUACGUCUUACUCAAGAACAAAAGAGGAAAAGCUGGUCUGUUUUCGGCCUGAUCUCUGAGCUUCUUCAGGGAUAGAGUCCUCCUGUAGUGACUGUAACGUCGUUUGAUUCUGAGCAGCCGACACACAAAACUGACAUUUACUGUCGAUUCAACCACUUAAGCUGUCAGAUUCCAUUGAGGUUGCAACAGAAAAUGCCUCAGCUUGACAUUAGGUCUUCUGCAUUUAGUCAGUUAUUACCCGGAGAUAAAAGAAACAAAUGAAACUGCACAACACACUCAGACAUUCAACUUACUGUAUGUAAGUCUCAGUCCACAUGUGAAAUCCUUGUGCUCCCACGCAGGUGUUUUCAUUUAAUCUUUUCAGACCUUUUCUCAAGUUGAAGGUGGUAACCAGCCUCCAUGGAUUUCAAAAGGUGUAAAGUCCCACCUUAACAUGGUCUGUGUGCUCCCACACAGUCCUGAGAGGUCUGAUCAACACAGAAUAAUUUAAAUCACCUGCAGGUUUGCCACAGACUGUAUAUAAAAGAUAAAUGUUGCAGCUAUGAUGUUGCCCACUGGUUUGUGGGCUACAGCUUUGAAACUUCGAAAUUGAACACAUUGUUCCAUUGAAUCUGCCUUUUUUUGUUGUUUGUUUUCCUCCAAAUUGAAUCAUGAGUUACAAAUUGAGCGACAUGCUGUACUGAAAGAAAUUUGAAACUAGUGACAGAGACCAUAAACUUAUUAGAAAAAAAAAGAGGUAAAAGUUGAGAAUUUGGCUCAUUUUCUCAUAGACUUCCUCGCACUCUGACUUCUUUGUGUAAACAGGGGAGUCGCCCCCCUUUUGGCUAGGAGAACAAAUGCAGAUUUAAGUUCCUUCCGUUCUGGCUUCACUUUUCAGACCCAGUGGUUGCAUCUGUCUUUCAUAUACAGGCUUUGGUUGCAAGUACAGAUGCAAAUUGUAAACAUUUUUCUUACGCGAUGGUCUGCCACGAUAACAAUCAACAAUCAGUUUGUACAGUGUUGAGUGAAAAAAAGCACAAUGUCCAUUUUUCCAUGCGUUAGUAAAGUCGUAAUUAACCAUGGAUGCUUGAAAUUUACCGCAAAUCAGCUCAAUUUCAUCAGUCCCCAGAUCAUUACUGUGGUUCACGUUGACUUGAAAUUUACACAAGAACAAUGUCUGGAAGCCAUUUACUGCUCCAGAAAUUACUGUCAUGGUGGCCUGUUGCUAGCAAGCGAUAGCCUGCCACAUUACCAAUCAACAAUCUAUUAGUAUACACUAUCCUUCAAAAGUUUGGGGUCACUCAGACAAUUUCAUGUUUUCCAUGAAAACUCACUUUUAUUCCUGUGCUAACAUAAUUGCACAAGGGUUUUCUAAUCAUCAAUGAGCCUUUCAACACCAUUAGCUAACAUAAUGUAGCAUUAGAACACAGGCGUGAUGGUUGCUGGAAAUGUUCCUCUGUACCCCUAUGGCGAUAUUCCAUUAAAAAUCAUCUGUUUCCAGCUAGUCAUUUACCACAUUAACAAUGUCUUGACUGUAUUUCUGAUUUAUUUAAUGUAAUCUUCAUUUAAAUAAACCGCCUUUCUAUCAAAAAUAUGGACAUUUCAAAGUAACCCUAAACUUUUGAACGGUAGUCUCAGUUAAAAAAAACAAAAAACAUAAUGACCAUUUUUCCAUGUGUUAAUGAAAAAUGUAAAUAGCACAAUAAAAAACUGGUAAUGGAGACACCUAAAUUUCAAAAAAGGACUAAAAUAUCGCUAAAAAGUUUUUACGCUCUCAUAAGGUGGUUUUUCAGACGUUUCGAUAUUGAAAAAUAUCGCAAAAGUGCAAUGGAAACACUUUUUCUGCAAUUAUACGUCACCAGACGUGACGUCCCUGGUCACAUGACCAGUUCUCUCGGAGUAAACAUGGCGCGGUACGUGUGAACAGAAGAGGAGACCGAGACUUUUCUUGCCAUUAUUCUUGAGAAAAACAUCACUGCCAUACUAGACAGCAAACAGCAGAGGAAUGUGUUAUAAGGAGAUAGAAGCGGAAAUGAGGGUUUUGGUUUUGGUUUUGGGCGUCCAUCUUCCUGCAGUGAAAUCUUGCGGGAUGAUAUUUUACGAGAGUUAUGAUGCUUCUGCCCAGAACAACCUUCAAUGGAAACACGUUCAAAGCGCAAAUAUACUUUAUCGAAAUUUUAGAAAUAUCGCUUUUAUUUUGCGAAAAACUGUAAUGGAAACCCAGACAUAGAGAGAACUGUCUACAUCUAAAUGUCAGUAUUAGAAAGUCUGCUCAAUAAAGAGACUUUUUUUUGCACAAUAAUGAAAAGGACCUGGAGAAUGGUUGCUCACACAAUUUAUUUUGAAACAAAUGGGUUACUGAAAGGUUGGAGAGAUUUCCGGGUGCUCACGUUUUCUCGGGUUUUAAGGCACUCACCAUGUAAUUGCAAAGUCUCCAGUCUGAGGUUGGAAAGAGGACUAAUGUUGCAUGUCAUCCCUCAUCUCUCCCCUGACAUCCUGUCACCUUCCUCCUGUCUGCUCUCAAAGGGAACAGAAGUGCGUCAUGAAACUGCUCAGGUUAGGAAGCGGUAAUAAAAGAUAUCAAAAAGAAGCAUAAUUUAGGAUCAUAGCUGGUUCUGGCAUUGUUACAAGUUAACAAAGCAAAAUAUGAGUCACAAGUUUUAAGACAUUUUUGUUUUGUAGAUUGAAUUUUAAAGAGAUGAAACUAUUAUUCUUAUCAGUCUCUCUACGAAAACCCUUAAUGAUAAACUGAAAACAUGUUUGUAGAACAUUAAACAAAUUCAUUAAAAAUCUAAUGAAAUUAAACAAGUAAUCUCUUUGCCGUGGCACUCAAAAUGUGGGCAGUUGCAUUUGUUUGCUUUAAUACUCUGUAUUUUAAAUGGAGUCUCACCUGUGACAAAUUGAAUUUAUUGAGUUUAGAAAGACACCCAUCAGCUCCACUGUACGUCAGCGCAAAAAUAAACGAGCCACAAUGUAAGUCUAGUAAAUCAUAGAUCAGGAUGACAGUUUAAAACAAUUUCUAAAGCUUUGAGUGUCCAUAACUGUGAAAUGGGCAGAGUUUGGAAAAACCAGAACUCUUUGUAGAAUCGGUCAUCUGGACAAACAACAGAGGGAAAGGGACUCAACAGUCACCUGAACCAUAACUUCAGAGGUCCUCUGCAAAGAUGGAAGGAUGACUUCAUCCAGGCAGAGCAGCUGGAUGAAGCCACUCUGAGAUGCAUAACAGCCUGUUUGGAGCUUUUCAAAGCGCGUUUAACUGCAUUCUGAGACAGAAAAUUCAGUCUUUAGAAAGACACCAAGCCUCAUGUUUGCUGAGCACUGUCCACCUCCUGCUAUGGCAAUCCCUACAGCGAAGUAUGGUAGUUGCAUCAUCAAUUUGGAAUACUGUAUAUUAUAUAGGACAAAUGAAGUCCUUUACAUACCAUAGAAUAUGCAUAUAAUGGUUUUAUGGGUGUUAGAUUUCACCCUGUAAUUGCUGCCAAACUACAUAAAAUAAAUGAGAGAUUUCAGUUUGUAA